CCUCGUCUCUAGCAGAUAAAUUAAGGUGUCACUGUAAUGUUUUUUUUUUUGUCCGAGUAGACGGAGACAGACAGAAUCUGUCUUCGUCGACGUUGAUGAAGAAUAGUCGCCUGUCUUCUCACGAACGAGAAGCGUCAAGGCGUCUUGUGAGCUGGGUAAGGCGUUCCGAGUAAUAGAUCCGUGUGAUACUGCUGUUCCUGGUUCGUUAUCUUUUUCUGGUGCGUGGUAUUAGUAAGCGAGUCAGUCAGUGCAUACCUUAUACGUCGUUUGAGAGCUUAGGUUACGGCUGAAAGCUUUGCUUGCGGGAUACGUCACCAUUGAUUAUCAAGAUUGCUAGUGUACUCGCAUACCAGCUUGUUCAAGCCCUUUCAAUCUCGUCUACAGUACGAUCUCGGUUACUGAGGUGGUAGAUUUCUUCUGCCGGACGUUAAGGCUGUUUUUAUGUAUACCAUGCCUCUCGCUCGAUGCACAGACCCUGGCGAAGAAGAUCACCAAGGACAUCAGGAGGGAGUUCACCGCCAUCUUCGCGAACACUCCUUGGAUGGACGAACCGACUAGAAGCGCGGCGGAGGCCAAGAUCAGAAGCAUGGACGAGAUCCUCGUCAAACCUGCCUACCUUGUCGACGAGGACGCGCUGGACCAGCACUACGCCGACUUCUACGUGCAGGACGACUACCUGUCCACGUCGCUCGGGGCCGCCAGCUCCGCGACGCGGCUAUUCCUCGCCAACUUCGCCGCGGGUGUUCACGUGGCCACGCGAGACUUCAACCCGCUCGAACUGAACGCCUUCUACGAACGCGAGCUCAACGCCAUGUUCGUGUCUGCAGCCAUCAUGCAACCGCCGUACGUGGACGAAGGGACGUGGACGGCGUUCAACUACGGCGGCCUCGGUUCUGUCGUAGGACACGAGGUGAUGCACGGCUUCGACGAGCGAGGCAAGAACCGGGACGCCCGCGGAAGGCUUCGGGACUGGUGGUCUCCGAACGUGCUCGACGAGUACCGGGACAGGGUCAAGUGCCUUAGCCAGGCAUAUGCAGAAGGCGGAAGUGACGUCGAGGCCACUGAAGAGGACGUUGCCGACUUCGCCUCACUUCCGGCCGCGCUGGGUGCUUACAGGUACCGCUCGUACAUAAAGGAACGCGGCCAGACGCCGACCUUUCUGGAGUUCUCGGGAGAACAGCUCUUCUUUCUCAACCACUGCUUCAAGCUGUGCUCUCCGGACAACGCUGAGGGGUCGCGGCGGCGUCGGAGUAGGCGUGGUCUGUACAGCACCGACGAGAACAGGUGCAACGUGCCGCUCAUGCACCUGGUGGAGUUUGCCGACGCGUUCGACUGCCAGCCCCACGAGCCCAUGGGUGUGCCUGACAGGUGUUCCUUCUGGGACCUGCCCGUGGGCCAGACGCGGAUUGAAGGAGACGCGCCGCACGAGAACGCUGGCGACGCUUCUGCGCAACGGACUCGCACGUAGUUUCACAGCGCGAUAGUUGUGGAUACUGCGAGGAUAGAUUGUUGUAUUGUUGUAGGCGUUUGUUGUUGAAGUUGACGAACCUUUACGUGCGAAUCUGUGUAGGUAUGUACCUUUGUAUUAGCAGGAAUCAGCGACAUGUGAAAUAUUUCGCCCUUGAACGCAGUCUUUUGCAUAGUUUCGUCACUGCAUAGUUUCGUC